AUGCACUACCUCUACGCACCGCAGACCCCUGGGCCAGAGACGUCAUUAUUCGACGACGUCAAGCAGCGGCCGGACCGGCGCCGUCGUCAUUCCCGCUCAUCGCUGUCAACACGAGUCGCCAGCACAUCCACGAGUCCAUCUAGGCGAUUGCCGGCCGCAGACGAUGAUGAGUUCAGCUACGCCCUGGCUUCUGCUCUUGCAUCCGCCAUGACCAUCGCAAAGGCUGAGACUAUUUUGGAGGAGUCAUUCUCCAACGCAUUCGAGUUGCCUCCACCCAAACGCCCCGCCCGCGCUUCGGCGAGGACCAACACAUCUGACGCACCUUCUCCCGCCUUCGUUCAGGUCGCUGCUGCGCCCCCGGCCGAGGACAAUGCCACAGACGAGUGGCAGGCGGAGUAUGAGGCGCACCUGAGGACCUGGAAAGCGCAGUCCGCUCAGGCUAGGGAGAGAGCAGAGAAGGAGCGGAAAAGGUGGGAGGCUAUCCGCGCCGCUGAGAGGGCUCGGGGAGGGCGCCCAAGGGAGCCCUCGCAUACACGCGCCGUCGCGUAUCCCCCAGCGUCAGGCGUGCCUUCUCCCAGCCCUGCGGAUGCACGCGACCUGGUGAGGGGAGAGCCCCAGAAACGCGUACGUGUGGUGCACCAACGUGUUAUGAUCGAUCUGACUAUAUGCCUUCAGUAA